AUGACGAAGUGGCCGCUUUUGCCGCCAUCCUCGCUGACGGAUGUGUGGUCGCUUGGGGCAGCGAGGACAGCGGCGGCAACUGCAGCAGGGUCUUCCUUUGCCGCAAUUCAUGCACACGGCUCUGUGACAACCUGGGGCCGCCUUGACUACGGUGGUGACUGCGGCAGUGUCCAGGGCCAGUUGAAGGACGUGCAGAAGAUCCAGUCAUCUAGCAAUGCCUUUGCCGCCAUUCUCGCAGAUGGUUCUGUGGUGACCUGGGGUGAUUCUGAAGGCGGUGGUGACAGCAGUGCUGUUCGGGAGAAGUUGGUCAAUGUACAACAGAUCCAGUCUUCCGGCCUGGCCUUCGCCGCAAUUCUUUCCAGCGGUUGCGUCGUGACUUGGGGCUUUGACAAUGACGGUGGUGACAGUAGCGCUGUGCAGGGGCAAUUAAGGAAUGUACAGCACGUCCAAUCUUCAACUUAUUCCUUUGCCGCAGUUCUUGCCGAUGGCUCUGUGGUGACUUGGGGCGAUGGUGGAUACGGGGGCGACAGCAGCGAUGUCCAGCAUAAGUUGCAGAAUGUGCAACAGAUCCAGUCUUCCUGCACCGCUUUUGCUGCAAUCCUUGCCGAUGGUUCUGUGGUAACUUGGGGGGCUCCUGAGUACGGGGGUGACAGCAGCGCGGUUCAGGAGCAGUUGCAGCAUGUACAGCAGAUCCAAGCAUGCGAAAGAGCGUUUGCGGCCAUUCUAGCUGACGGUUCUGUGGUGACUUGGGGUGAUCCUCUUAGUGGGGGUGACAGCAGCUCAGUCCAGGAGCAGCUGCGUGAUGUACAACAGAUCCAGCAUUCUGACUUUGCAUUUGCCGCAAUUCUUGCGAAUGGCUCUGUAGUGACUUGGGGCAACCCUGGUUGCGGCGGUGACAGCACUGCAGUCCAGGAGCAGUUGCAGAGCGUACAGCAGAUCAAGGCUUCCCGCGCAGCAUUUGCAGCAAUUCUUGCCGAUGGCUCCGUAGUGACUUGGGGCCAUAGCCUGUACGGUGGUGACAGCAGGGCUGUCCAAGACCAGUUGAGACAUGUGCGCGGGAUCCAGUCUUCUGCCUUUGCGUUUGCUGCCAUUCUUGCUGAUGGUUCCGUGGUGACUUGGGGGCAUAAGUGUGGCGGUGGUGACAGCAGCGAUGUUCGAUCGCAGCUGCAGAAGGUGCCGUCUCGCAAGCGACCACACAGUGAGGCUACCGGGACAGACAGUUUGUACAUCAGGCAAGCUUGUGAUCUACAGUAA